AUGAUUUUGGAGAUCGUCCCCCUGUACAGUCAUAAGUUUUACAGCACAUUGCUGAUAAUUAAAGACGUGGAUGCUUCCAACAAGGGCUGCAAGUUGAGUGAUCUUUUGCAGGAUGGCGAUAAGGAAGAAAAGAUGAGUGGAGAACCCAGCGGGGAGGAAAUUGAAGAGGACGCUGAGGAACAACCCAGAGAAGAGUCCCCUGCCCCCAAAGGCCAUGAAAGGAGCAACGAUAAGGGGGACCCUCUUAUGAGGAAGACCUAUAAUUAUGACUACCUAAACAACAAGAAGGAUUUUUACGCAAAGGAGAAAGAUAAGAAUAUUUAUGUCCUUAUAAAUUGCGGGUGGGACGAUCAGUUCCUCCUGGAAGACGUGAAGAACGUGUUGCGGGUGUGCGAAUAUGUAGACGUCCUGCUAAUCACGAAUCACGGCCUCAACUUCGUGGGGUGCGCACCGCUGGUUUUCCAGGAGCUACAGAAGAGGAAGAGGAAAAUCCCCAUCAUAUGCCACGAAUCUGUUAAGGCGUACAGCAAAUACAUCCUCCUGAGUUAUUUCAAAUGUAGGAGCAGUUGCAAAUUUUUUGAAUCCUUUAAAGAUGACGAAUAUUUCAAAAUCGUGAACGAGCUCUUCUACAAUGUGACUUCGUUGGAAUUCAGAGAACACUACACCUUUAAGAAGAUGAUAUGUCAAAAAUGGAACACAGUUUGUGUGCUUCCAAUAUAUUUUGUAAAUAAUGGAGACAACAUAGGAUCGUCUGCAGUGAUUAUAAAAUUUUUUAAUUCCAAAAUAUUGUACUCUGUGAAUUCCCACAUGUCUGAUUAUUCCUUCAUCGAAAAAUCGGACGUGGUGAAACAGUCCAAUGUGUUCACUUACAUUGGCAACUUUCGCUACACAAAUAAGAAUUACACCAAGAUGAUGGACAUGAAGACAAUCUUAGGCAUCGUCAACAGAACUAUGAACAACCUCGGAUGUGUACUGCUCCCCGUGGAUAUCGACAGCGUUUUCCUGGAUCUCCUGUUCCACAUCAACGCCCUCCUGGAGGUCAGCAUGCAGAGAUACGCCCUCCUGUUCCUCUGCCCCUAUUCGGAAAACUUCACCAGGCUGCUGUUCGCUUCGCUGACCUACCUGAACAGCCACAUAAAAAACAAUUUCCACAGAAACAGAGUAAAUAUUUUCAAAAUGAAGAAUCUGGUGUGUAUAAACGACUACAGCGAUUUUAAGAAGUACGAAAAUGGGUAUUACAUUUUGUUUUCCUUCCCAGCCUCUCUGAACAACGACACGGUGAAGAAGAUCCUGUCAACGUUUCUCACGAAGAGGAAGAACGCAUUAAUAUUCACCAAGAGGUACUAUGCUCCGAGCUUUUCGCACAAAGUGUGUAGUCAUUAUUUUACCCAUAGAGAUCAAAGGAGCAAACCAGAGCUAUCCUUCCGCUUCAGUCAACAUGUAAAAGUGGGUGACGACAAAUUAUAUCAAAUUUAUUUAAAAGAAAAAAACAACAUCGAGAAGGACGUCGUGAUGAGCAAAGCAGUUGGUAAAAGGGUUAAGAAGAAGAAGGUGAGAAAAAAAAAAAAAAAAAAAAAAAAUUUCAUUUUCGAGUCACAAGAAGAGAUGAAGUACAUAAAAAGGGAGUGUCACAUAAUCGGGAGGACAGACAGAGACGGAAUGGGCAAGCUGAAGCGGGAUGGCAAUACUGAUGGGCAACUUAUAAAGAAGGAGAAGUACAACCUGGAGAGAAGCCUUGGCGCCCACGCGGAGGAGGGCAACGAGGAAGACAUUGAGGAGGAAGAGGGGGAUGACGAGGGGGAUGAAGAGAUGGAUGAAGAGAUGGAUGAAGAGUUGGAUGAAGAGGUGGGUGACGAGGGGGAUGACUAUGACGAGAAUGACAUCGACGACGAUGACGACCACUAUGGCGAUGAUGACGAUGACGAAGAUGACGACUAUGACGAUGAUGACGACGAUGACGACUAUGACGACGAUGACGACUAUGACGACGAUGACGACUAUGACGAUGAUGAUGACUACCGCCCUGACGAUCCGCAGAACUACAACGCGUAUUACCACUCAGACGAAGAGGAAGAACAAGAAGGAGCGGGGGAGGAUCCCCAAGUUCCCGGCGAGCUGUACAGGCAUAGCGACAGCAAUGCCAGUGACGGUGCGAUCGAGAAGCAUAGAGAUGCGAAGCCAAGCGCCAACCACCAGAGGGAGAAACAUGAAGGUGCUUCCCGUAGCGAUCGCGAUGAGAACUACUCGGAGGACGGAAUGGAACCCUCCAAAGGAAAAACAGGAAAGGGAAGAGUCACCAUAAAGGAGGAAAAAAUAAACAACAAUAAGGAGAAUAACAACGAUAGCAACACUAGCGACAAUGAGCAUACUAAAAUAUCCAACCACCUCCUAAAAAAUGCACAGUCCGAUGAUCCAGAAAACACGUACUAUCCUCAUCUACACAAAAUUACUAAUGUUAAAAAGGACGCAAAAAAAAAGGUAAGAAUAAAAGAAGAACCUCAACCCACUGAUGAUGAAAUGUAUCAACAUGAGAGUUAUACGAUCAGGCAUCCCCUUUCGAAACAAAGAAACCAGAAAAGUAUCACGACAACGUUUAUAAAAAAUGAGCAGAGCUUUACAAGUGAACAUGAGGAGGAUCCACCCCAGAGUGACGAACAAAACAGUGCCACAAACGAUGAGCGGAAGAGGACUUACCAACCGGUACACAUAUCAGAUUACUACCAAGUAAAAAAAAAAAAACUCCGUCCAGAAAGAAGGGUUAAAAAGGGGAGUAACCUCUUCGAUAGGACUUACAGAGAAAAUAGACAUUCCUCGGAAACACCAAAAAUGGCAUGGAAAAAAAAAUUACUCAAUUAUUUAAAAGCCAUUCCGACCACUGUCCAAGAAGAGAAAGUCUCCGUUCAGGUAGAUUGCUCCGUAAGAGCAUUUAACAUAGAAAACUAUAUUAACCAGAAUGCCCUUAACAGUAUAAUACAUCUGAUGAAGCCUCAAAAUUUUGUCCUCCUUCCAAGUUGCAAUAGCUUCUUUUCUUUCCAUUUCGAAAUGUUACUGCACGCAUCAAUACAGUCCAUGGAUGAAAUAAAGUUGCACAGUUUUUACACCCCCAAUUUUUCCACCAGUGCAAAUAAGAGGAGCAUUUAUUUCAAUCGCUACGUCUGCUCCAGUGGAAAGACUCUCGACUCUGUUAGCAUUCCUCUAAGUGUUCCUUACGAGAAUGUGCGCAUAAAGAGCAUCUACACGAUGAUCAACACGACCAAGGUUGCCGAUGGGCAGCUGAACGUUUUUAAAAUUAAGGCCACCGUGGGUUCCACGGGGAGCGAACCCAGUUCGCAGCUAUGCCCCAGGAGGCGGAAACGAUUCAUCAACGAGCACAGCACAUUCUGGAGCGAAUUCAGCGAGGCGAACUACUCCCUUGCCAUAGACAACCAAAAUGAAGAGACGCAGGAAGGGGAAAAAAAUACAAAGGAAAAAAAGGAAAAUCAAGAAAGUCCAAGGCAGGGGGAACAAAAUGCCCCCAAUGAAACAAGCCAAAGUGGAGGUAAGGAAAAGUCGAAUGAGAAGAAACCCUUUUUGGAUUACUACCUGGAAGACGAGGUAGGCAGAGGAGGAGCAACACAGGGAGAAGAAGAUCAGCAUCGUCCAGGCGAAUCAUCGGAAGAUUCUGAUGCUUCGUCCGAAAUGUGGGACAUCCUCUCGAAUGAAGACUACAUGGAUGAAGAACACACCCCCAGUGGCAGUAUCUACAUCGGUGAAGUAAGCAUGAAAAAUCUAUCCCUAGCUAUAAGUAGCACAUUUCAAAGAUGCUUAAACUUUACUCAAGAAAAUCAAAUUAUAAUUGAUGGCAAGACAUGUGUUAAGAAGGAAGAACGGGACAUAGCCACGCGAGGACCGACUGGUCACAGAAAAGUCGAGAGAACAAAAAGGAACGUCGUUUGGAAAGUUCAGAGCUCCCUCGACCCAUCAUUCUACUUUCUGCGAAACGUUUUGAAGGACAUGUACAACCAUGUUUCUAUAUGA